UCAUAUUGCUGUGCUAUUGUUAUAUUUUGCAGUAAAUCAUUUCUAUUUUAAUUUAUCAUCACAUUUUUCUUUAACAGAGCAGUGACAACAAGUCCAUCUGUUACUAUAUAAUUUGUAUUUAUACAGAUACAUAUAGACUACAUGCAUGAUAUGAUGAUAUUAUAAAAUAAUAUGUCUCUUUAAUUUAUAUAAUACUGACUGCGAGUCCGCGACACACUUUUGGUUCUUGGACCACCCACCAGUUGGAAAAUCAUGCCCGUGACUUGAGGCUUACGAAUACAGCAGACAAAGCAUGAAUUUGCAAACAUACCGCAAAUAAUUUCUCACAGGAAUUUCCCUGGGCUAACAUGUGCCAACGUGUUUGCUUGCUAGAAUAAAAGCACACAAAACUAUAGGAUGCUAAGAAUCUUAGAUAUUCUUGUUCCAUGCGUAAGAGUCAAUCUUCAUGCAAGAGGCAAUCUUCAGGUACGCCACGACUCCGUUAAAAAGAUCACCAAAUCCAUGUUUUCUGCAACACUAAAUGAUGUCUUACGGAAGCUAAUUGCUACCGCCAACACGAACCAGAAGUAAUUGUCUAUUGGGGGGCACGGUAAAGAAAGGUGAAAUUUAUUCAUUUAUUAUUUUCUACGUUAUUAUGUGAAACGAAUCUACGUUAUAACGUGAAACGAUUCACAUAAUAAUGUGAAAUGAUUCACAUUAUCAUGUGAAACGCAACCUUUUUUUUGGUGUGGCAGUAAUACACUUCCGUAUUUAAUCUUGUAAAGGGCAUUGAGUUACCUUGUGUAUGAAAUGUACUGCACAAAUAAAUUUGCUUUGCUUUAAAAUCACUCAUGAGUACACUCACUACGCUGUACGUCAUUCAUAUAGCAAAAGAAUCUUUCAUUGUACUUGUCCGUCGCGUCUUAGCAAAUCCCAAAUAAAAGAGUCACUCUUCAGUUCCUCAAUACAACAGUUCACUUAACAAAUUAUUCCCAGAGUAAGCACAAAAUGUUUAAAAUUUCCAGUUACUCUCCAUGGCAAAUAAAUUCAUUUUGUAGUUAUGAAUGUGCGCGUGUGAGAUGAUGAUAGCAAUGAACCAUUCUCCAUCUGUUUAUUGACUGUAUGUUGUAAGCUUUAUGUACUGAUUUACAUAAUUGACAUUUUCUGAAAAGUUUCCAAUUUUCAGAAGAUUUUCACUUUUUUUUUCAUUUUUGUCUCGGACAAUUCUAACAAUUCUGGUAACUACCCUUCUAGUUGUUUAGAUUUUUUUUUGCAAACAGACGUUUUGAAGGUAAAACCUCGUCUCCUUUUUCACUGUUUAUUUCUCGAAAGCCCUAAAAUCUAUGAUACAUAGAAAUGCUAAUAAUCUUUCUUGUGUAAUUGAACAAAAUACGUGAUAUGUCCUAGCUAUUUUUUGUAUUAUUUUUAUUUUUUAUUUUGGAACGUACCCGACUCAAUUUGUAAAUCAGUAUGAUAAAACCCAUUGAUUUUGUUGUAUUUCAUUCAAUGGUUUAAAAAAACGUAUUUCUAAUUCCGGGUCGACGUUCCCUCUUCCUGUCGUCCAUUUGUUGGGUUUGUUGACUAUUUGCUAAGCAACAUGCAGAACGACGCUGGUGAAUUUGUUGACCUCUACGUCCCUCGUAAAUGCUCUGCAAGCAACAGAAUCAUUGGAGCCAAGGACCAUGCUUCUGUCCAGAUCAACAUAGCAGAGGUGGACAAGGUCACAGGUCGCUUCAACGGUCAGUUCAAGACUUAUGCCAUCUGUGGCGCCAUCCGCAGGAUGGGAGAGUCUGAUGAUUCAAUCCUCAGGCUGGCAAAGAAUGAUGGAGUUGUUGCUAAGAACAUCUGAGUGAUCAACAUAUUUUCAAUAAAAUGUGACAAAAUUCCAA